AUGAUUUCUAAGGCUCAUCCCAAGUAUGAGUUUGACUAUAAGGUAGAAGACCACCACACUGGUGAUAAGAAGUCCCAGCAUGAGUUCCGUGAUGGAGACGUUGUUAAGGGCGUUUACAGCUUGCAUGAGCCAGAUGGUUCUAUAAGAGUUGUAGAGUACCAUGCUGAUAAGCAUAGCGGUUUCCAUGCGGACGUGAAGCACAGCACCCACCACAUCAUUCCUAAACACCACCAUUAUUAA